AUGCUUCAAGUUUCACAACCUGCUCGUUAUCCUCCAGUUAACCUUAGGAUUAAUCAAAGAAUUCUAGAGAUGGCAAUGUCAGUCGAUGAUUUCAAAGAUAUCCUAACUGCAGAAGUUUAUGUUGACCUUGAUAAAUUACGGGAAUCAGCUCGACAUGGUGUUCCUAUGGUAGUUCGAGUAAGUCCUGCAGAUAAAUCACAGGAAUUAACCAGUCUCAAAGCCAAAUAUGAUGAAUACCUUACCCUUGAAAAAGAGAACACAGACAUAAUAAAACGUGUUCGAGGUGAAGUAGGCCGUUAUCAACGUAAUAAAAUUAAAAACAUAAUUCAAGACAUCAAUGGAACCAAAGAUCAUACAAACGUCUUUGAAAAUGUGAUUGGUGCUUAUAUGAAUAAUAAUAAUCGUGAUGCUGAUUAUAAUCCGGCCUUUGUUCAUCUUUGCGGUCCGUUCGUUUAUUGUAUAAAAAAUGAGGCCGAAGUUUAUUAUUGUUUCACUAGACUUAUGGCUAUUUUAGAAGAAGAAGUUGAUAUUAAUGAAUGGGCAUCGUCUUGGUUACAAUUUUUAUUUGCUAAAGAACUUCAAUUUGAGAGUUUAAUGCGGCUCUGGGAUACAUAUUUUUCUAUCUCCGACCCAAUUGAAUUUCAUCCUUACGUUUGUUUAGCUGUGCUGAAGCAUGCAAGGGAAAACCUUGAGGAAUUAGAACAAUCAGAAAUCAGAACCUUACUCUUAAGGUUACCUUCAAUGGAUAUGGAACAAAUCAUUAAUCAAGCUUUUAAUCUCAGACAUGAAAUAUUGGAAAGACAAAUUUCUGAUUCUUUUUAA